GUAAUAUUUUUAUCAUUUCGGAGGACCAAAUUGCAAUUUAAUUACAAACUAUAGGAAGACGGCAAAUAUACACAGACCGAACAUUCAUCGGAGUCGGCGGUGAGAAAACCCGCCAUUAACGCCGAAACUAUUCACCUCCUCUAAAAUUCAGCAUACGGGCUUUCUAUAUUUUCUCGAUUUUAUCGAAACCCUAUUUUUUUUCGUUUGCGAUUCCAAUUUUUUUUUUUCACGGCGAUGUCAAUUUUCCAGUUGAUUUCGCUUCGAACAAUCUGAAUUACAUAUUAGCUACGGCAAAAAGAAAUGGGCUCUCUGCUUUUUCGAUGGAGGCUUUGUCGUACCUUGUUGACAGACAAAAAGUCGAAGUUCGGAACUUCAUAUGGUGUCUAUCAAUGCUUACGAAAUGCCAGCAGCUAUUCUGGUCCAAAGAAAUACGAUUUUACAGACCUAACGUGUCCACAUAAAUGGUACCCCGUUGCUCGACGGAAAAAACGAAAUGUGAUAUUACACGUGGGCCCCACAAAUAGUGGGAAGACUUAUCAUGCUCUGAAGCGAUUGGAAUCAUGUUCUUCAGGGAUUUACUGCGGGCCGUUGAGACUUUUGGCGUGGGAAGUUGCGCAGCGUUUGAACAAAGCAAAAGUUCCGUGUGAUCUUAUCACCGGACAAGAGAGAGAUGAAGUUGAGGGUGCAAAACAUAGGUCUGUUACUGUCGAAAUGGCUGACGUGUCGUCUGACUACAGCUGUGCAGUUGUUGACGAAAUUCAGAUGUUGGCUUGUAGAACACGGGGUUUUUCAUUUACACGAGCUUUACUAGGAAUAUCUGCCGAUGAGCUACACUUGUGUGGUGAUGCAGCUGCGGUUCCUCUAAUACAAGAAAUACUUAAAUCGACCGACGACAAUGUCGAUGUUAAAUACUACGAGAGGCUUUCGCCUCUUGUUCCAUUGAAGGAUCCUCUAGGAUCUUUUUCCAACAUUCGAAUGGGUGACUGCAUUGUCACAUUUUCGCGCGUUGAGAUAUACAAGAUAAAGAGAAGAAUCGAGAGCGAAAGGCAGCAUUUGUGCUCUGUUGUUUACGGUUCACUGCCCCCAGAAACUCGAACCAGACAGGCCACAAUGUUCAACGACGAAAACAGUGAUUUCGAUGUUCUUGUAGCUAGUGAUGCAAUCGGAAUGGGUCUCAACCUUAAUAUUUCCAGAAUUAUUUUCUCGACAGUUAGGAAAUUCGACGGCCUCGAAAUGCGCGAUCUUUCUGUCUCCGAAAUUAAACAAAUUGCUGGAAGAGCUGGCAGAUACAAAUCGAAAUAUCCAGCUGGCGAAGUGACGUGUCUAGAUGCAGAAGAUCUACCUUUAAUCCAUUCGUCACUGAGUUCCCCUUCUCCAAUUCUAGAGCAAGCUGGACUUUUUCCGAAUUUCGAUCUUUUGUUUAUGUAUUCACGUUUGCAUCCAACUUAUGGCCUAUACCAGAUAUUGAAGCAUUUUGUGGAGAAUGCGAAAUUGUCGGAAAAUUAUUUCAUUGCUGAUAGUGAGGAAAUGUUGAAAGUAGCUGCAGUUAUCGAUGAGCUACCUCUUACUUUGGAUGAUAAGUAUCUCUUUACGAUGAGUCCCGUUGACAUGGAUGAUGACAUCUCAUCUCAAGGACUCACUCAGUUUGCAGAAAGUUAUUCGAAAAACGGGAUUGUGCGUCUCAAGGAAAUAUUUACACCCGGAACACUCAAGAUCCCAAAAUCACACAAGGCACUCAAGGAACUCGAAUCAAUUCACAAAGUUCUUGAUUUGUACGUUUGGUUGAGUUUUCACAUGGAAGACAAUUUUCCAGACCGCGAGCUCGCCGCAUCACAAAAGGCUAUUUGCAGCAUGUUAAUAGAGGAGUUUCUGGGGAGCGAUGGAUGGCAAAAGCCGAGCCCAAGAAAAUUACCACGACGGAGUCACUUCAAAUCUCUGUCUUAAUUAAUGAUCUAUUCGGAAAACAGUUCAAUUUCUAAAAUAUUUCGAUUGUGAAGCACAAUUUCUACAAUUUCUAGUUGCUUGAAUCAAGCGUGCAAGGGGGUUUCGGAAGAAGAAGGCAGUUUAUUUAGUUGCACCACUUUGUGAAAUUUGAUAAUUAUUUGUACAGUAUAAUUUAUAGCAGUUAGUUUGUGGGAGAUAGAACUAACUAACUAGGCUUUGUCCCAAGAGUAUUUACAUCUUGAAAAAGGUAAGUUGGUGUUGGAAUUUCAAUGUACAUUACAUUUGCAAUUGAUUUGAUUACAUUUGCACAUCCCACAUCGAUAUCGAAACAAUCUUCUAAUUACUAUAUUAACAAAGCACGUAGCUUUUUUAUUCGCCGAGCCAGGUAACAUGGGCUUGUCACCCAAGUGGGGGCAUUAAAGUGGUUGAACAAUUACUGGGUCGAAAAGUGGGUGAAGUUACUGAUUUGCCCUAAGUCCAACAGGGAGGAGUUCGGACGCGUGUCCUAGUAAAACGGAGGGCACAGCUUGGGUCCAAGCAAAAAGCUUGGGCCUCAAUGAGGCGCUACCAAAAUCGGAGCGACCUUCGACUGUGUCAAAGUCAUUGGACAUGCGCGAAAAAUCGGCAUGAGCCGUGAUUGUUCUCCAGUCCUCCUUGCAAAUGGAAAAGGAUAACAUACCCCCUUAGAUUGAACAACCACUUUUU